AUGGCUACAGCUUCAAGCGAAUUCUGGAAUGAAAAAAUGACACGUCUCUUUCAUCUUUAUGAUGUUGAUAGAGAUGGAUCAAUCACACCAGUUGAUUUCGAAAUUCUCGCUGACAAACUUUCAGUACUUGUCGGACAAGGCGAUUCAUCGAAACGUGAAAACUAUGCUGGCGCUCGAAAACUUCUUUGCGAAGAAAUCAUGAGAGCUGAUGCAAACAAUGAUGGAAAAGUAACACGAGAAGAAUGGCUUGACUUUCACCGACGUCUUGCUGCAGAAUUACGUAAGCCAGGUACUCAUCCUGAAUUAUUAGAACAAUUAACUCGACGAAUCAAUACAACAUUCAGUAUGCUCGACCUUAACCACGAUGGUCAUAUCGCACGUGAUGAAUGGGUAAAAAUGUGCACAUUCUUCGGUGUUGAUAAAGAUGAAGCCGAUAAAUCAUUUACAUCAAUUGCUGAUGGCGAUAAACUUCAAGAAAGUAAAGCUAAAAUGCUUUUCUAUGAUUAUAUUAAAACUGAUGAUCCAAAUCAUGUCUCCAAUUGUUGUCUAUGCUUUCUUUAA